CGUGAGUCUUGAGAACUGGUUUGUUUAGCGCCAGAGAGUGUGUCAUGAAGACUGAAGAUGAGUGAAGGACUGAAGCAGAGAUUUGAGUUCCCCAGCUACCUCAUCCAGGCCCAGGGGGUGAGGAGUCUGGUAGCUGCGGUGUUGAAGGAGAAGAGUGAGAGUGAGAAGACUGGAAACACCUCACAGGGUCCGGCUGCUGAGUGCCUAUGGGAGCAGUGUUGCAGUGACUCCCUGGUGGUGCGAUCUGCUUGCUGUGAUGCGCUGGUGUUACUGGUGGAACAGGGACACGUGGAGCUCACACACACACUCAACACGAUACUCAACCUGCUGCCCUCCGCAAGGAAUGUGCAGGGUUUGAUAUCGGUGUUGUCCAAACUCCUGCAGCUGCAGCUCAAACAGGCCGACAGAGGAAAAGCCUUCACCUGCCCCUACUCAAUCAGGACGUUCCCUCAUCCCUUCAUCUCUCUGCUGGAGAACAGAGCCGACUGCUGGCCCUACCUGCUGCAGGAGAUACAGGACUCACUAGCACAGGCUACACACAGGGGCGAUGUGGAGUAUGUGUGCAUGCUGGCCCCGUUCCUGCGCUACCUGUACUGCGAGCCCCAGAGGAGCCCAGACCACGCCCUGCUGAGGCACUCCCUCAUCACCGCCCUGCUACCUGCACCAGGAGGCCCAUUGGGUCCAACAGGAGUACUAGCACCUGCGUCAGGAGGCCAACUGUCAUUACCUGCGUCAGGAGGCCCACUGACAUCACCUGCGUCAGGAGGCCCAUUGUCUGCUACAGGAGAGGUGGCACCUGCGUCAGGAGGCUCGUUAACAUCACCUGCAUCAGGAGGCCCUGUAGGUGGCAGUAAGGAGGUGACCUACAGUGUGGUGCGAUGCCUACUGGAGCUGUUACCACACAUGCAGGUGGACAGUGUGCAGGCUGUGCUGGAGCUGAGUGGUCUAGUGGGGGCGCUGUGCCCUCUGCUCCUGCAGGAAGAGGUGAAAGAGUGUGAGGAGGAGGAGGUGAAGAGUAAAGGAGGUGUGUGGGUGAGGGAGCGAGCGCUGCUGUGUCUGCACCUCCUGUGUGCCUGUCGUCUGUGCCUUACGCUGGGGGGAGACUGUAGACCCUUACUGCAGCCACUACGGAGACUGCUGCCCACCUGUGCACAGGUGUUACCUGUGGACCAGGUGCUGAUGGGUGUGUGUGUUCUCCUUCUCCAAGCGCCCCCACCUCAACAGACUACCCUGCUGGAACUGGUGGUGUGUGUGCUGGGUGUGUGCGUGGAGCACAUGCGUGUGUGUGUGGCUGGUGUGUUGCUGCUGCCGCUGCUGCAAGUCUUGUCCUCCUGUAGCCUGAUGGAGGCGCUCUCGGACACACAUACACGCCGAGCCAACCAGGCCCUCGCAACACAGCUUCUCAGCACCAUAGAGAGUGACGGUGUGUGUGAGAGUGUGUGUGAGAAUGUGUGCGAGGGUCUUCCUCUGAGCGUGUGGCAGUGUGAGCUUCAGGUGGCAUGCGAGACCCUACGCCGCAUCUCUGGCGUUCCCACGGCGACUGUGGAAUGGCUUCAUUCCGUCGGCUCCGCCCUGCCCCUGACUCAGGAAGUGCCCGAGCCAAUCACACUGCUGCUGGCCUACAGCAUCAACCGCAACCAUGGAGACACCUGCCGCCUCGCCCUGGAGACUGUUGCUACCCUCACUCAAGCACACCCUGCACAGGUUCCGCUGUUGUUGCCUGUAUUAAUGUAUAAGUUGGGGAGGACGACUGAUCCAGCGCUCACACACUCUCUCCUCUACACACUGCCCAAGAUGGCCACACACAAGCUGUGUGUUCCACAGGUGCUGCACGUGCUGCAGACUCUGUGCAGCGCCCCCAAGCUGCGGGCCGUGGUGCUGCGCCUCAUGACGGCCCUCUGGGAGAGACAGGACCGUGUGUACCCUGAGCUGCAGCGUCUGAUGUGUGUGUUGGAGAAGGGCGCCGCCCUGGUGGGCAGAGAGGGGCAGUGGGAGCAGCUACUGGCCAGGGCAGCAUGUAUCAGGGAUAUAUGCAAACACAGGCCCUAUCAGCAUGGAGGUGACAUGUUGGCUGCGAUCACACACACACUGUCCCAGUGCACUCGCAGGGACCAGGCCACCCCUGCCACCCUGGCACUGCAAGCCCUACAGGAGCUGUGCAGAGCAGAGGUGGUUGACAUUGGCUCCACGUGGAGGGCCCUGUCCCCUCAGCUGUGCUCUGACUCCAGACCCCUCAUCAUGAAGAGCACUGCAGAACUGCUGUCACUCGUACCACAACUAGCAGUCAAGACGGAGGACUACGAGAAGCUGAAGGAGCAGGUGGUGGCUGUGCUGUGGGGGUCUGCCCUCUACAAGGAUCCUGAGGUGGCCAAUGCUGGCUACAAGGCGUUGUCAGAGUUCCCAGAGGCCUGCAAUCUCAUCAUGCACCUGCCAGAACAGGCUCGUCCGGAGAGGAAGCAUGCUGAUAGUGAGGAAGAGGAGGGUGGAGAGCAGCAGAAGGAGGAAGACGUGUGUGUACCCGGAGCCUCCUACAUCAAACUCAUCGCACACACAGCAGCACCUGUACUACCAGCCCUUGGUAUCUUCCUGAAGGCCCUGAUUGGUCAGGAGAUGGCUGUGAUGCCGCGCGGGGUGUACCACUCUGCCCUGCGCGGGGGGAACCUGCGAUCGGACCAGGGCAAGACUCUAGCGGGGGUGCCCGGCUUCAUGCUGAAGAGUUAUGAGAAGAACACUCAGCCUGGACUCAAGCCUGGACUGGCAGCUGGACUGCUGCUGUGCUAUGACCUGCCAGUCCAGACGGACAGAGACGGUAGACCAAUCAGCCGCUUCCUUGUCAGCCGGGGGCGGAGCUAUCAGCAGACGUUGGCAGCUCUCAUCCACGAGGUGAAUAUCCAGCCGUCUGAGUGGCAUCGUUCUCUGCUGCUGCCUCAGGCCUGGAGAGGCUUCAUGAGCAGAGCCUACCAUGCUGUACUGCAGGGUCGUAAGGCUGAGUUGGAGAUGCAACAGAAGCAGGGGAAGGCCAGUCCAGAGGAACUGCAGUACAAGCAACACUGCUCCUGGCUAUGGGUUCGAGACCAGCUUACCGAUGUUGUUAAAUCUGCAGCCAAAGAGUCUCCGGUGGUCCAGGGUAACUCCAUUCUGGCUCUGAGUGGACUGGCUGCAGAACUCACCAAGUACGAGAGCAACCUGCCACAGGAUCGAGAGGGGGGGCUAGGGGCGGGGCCAGAGAUUCUGCCGACGGUCCAUUGGCUGUCGAUGGUGAUUGACACUUUGUUGAGCAUAGUGAGCAGCAGCUACAAGCCUAAGGGGCAGGUCUUCCCCUGGUUCCAACAUCGUUCCUACUCUGGUGAGAACACUGCCAGUGUUAUAGCGCGUUCCUGUGCUUCGCUGGGCCUGACGCUGCUGGUCCCGGUGCUGGUCACCUACCAGAGGGAGGCCCUGCCCGACAUCCUGUCCCUGCUGACUGCAGCCCUGCCUGGGCAGCCCAACGCCGACGAGUCCCAGGCUUUACAGUUCCACACAGGCCUCGUGCUGGGCAUGCUGCUCUCUGCACUGCAGGAGGAGAGAAUCAGCGAUGUGUCGGGCCAGUCCAUGUCUCAGCUUCUCUCCUCCUCUCUGGACUCUCUGGAGGCCUGCUGUUACGACCCUAAUCUGGAGUACAAUGCAGGGUGUGUGUUGGGUGUGGGCCUGGCGGUGUGUGGUCUAGGGCGCAGUACCAGUAGUGGCCAUGAGGGAGUGGUAGAGAACAGACUGGUGCUGUCACUACACAAGCUGCUGUCAGCACUACAGGAUGACAACACACAGCAUGGACGCAUGGCACAGGAGGUGCUGGCCUACUCGGUGGCGUGUGUGUGCGUGUCAGGCUUCAGAAGCGGGCUGGUGAACGCUGAGAAAGCUGAAGAGGUCAUGAACACACUACGCAGCAUGACGGAGGAGAGCCAACAGACACCAGGUUUCGCGUUGGCUCUGGGCGUGGUGGUGCACGGUCUUUCCUGUGGAGGCCACGGCAAAGCAGAGGACAUCAUGCCCCGCCUCCUGGGAGCUUGGACCAAGAUCCUAUUGGCUGAGGGUUGUCCUACUAUGCAGAGGCUGGCUGCUCUUAAUGGCCUGGUGGCGCUGGUGGGAUCAGAGGACGCUCUCAUUCAGUUGCGGGGUGAGCAAGAGCAGACUUCACAGCAGCAGAACAGACUUAACGAGGUCAUCAAGUCCAUCACACAGGUGAUCUCGUUCUCCGGUGCGAUUGGUCUGCAGUCCAAUGGGGCGUGUCUAGUGGGUCACCUGCAUCUGGCCCACCUGUCCUCCAGUCACACACGCACCGCAGUCCCCCAGGACUUCAGCUAUCUGCCAGAGAGGAGUGUCAUCAGGGCUGCUGUGGACUACCUUACACAGGCUGGAAAGAAAGGUCCGGAGUUCUCGACCCCUGAGCAGGUGAAGACAGCCUUGUCGCCGCUAGCAACAGUGGGCGGGGCUUACCAGUACCCACCAGUCAACUGGAGUGGCCUUCUCUCACCUCUGAUGAGGCUCAACUUCGGUGAGGAGGUGCAGCAUCACUGUAUAGAGCUGGCCGCCACUCAGGCCCAGUCUUCCCAGAGUGCAUCUCUCUUCCUGUCCACUUGGCUGGCCCCGCCCCUCGUACACAGCCUCAGCAUGCGUACGCGGGCCCACCUGUAUGAAUGUUUGGGCGUCUGGAUGCGGCAUGUUGCAGAGGACAAGCUCCAGGUGUACGUGGAGUCUCUGGGGGUUCAGCAGUUCACCUCUGAGCUCCGCCCCCAGCGUGGGACCUUGUGCUCCGCCCUGCUGAGGGGGCUCUCUGUUGCCAUGGCGAUGGCCAAUCCCCCGCAGGCCUGCUGGGCAACAUUGUGCAGCGCCACAGAGAAGAUAUACACACUGCUGCCCGGCCAAAUACAGGAUGGCGAUGUGGAGCUGUAUGAGGGCGUGGCCAAGUGCCUGUCUGAGAUGAGCGACUCUGAGAUUGACAAGAUCACCACGGUAACAGAGGCCAGUGUUGAGAAGGCAGCUUUCACCUUGGCACUGCUGUGUUCAAAGGGGCGUGUUCCCCUGCUCAGCCUUAAUGAUGUCAUCAGCGCCGCUCUGCAGCUGACCAAUAGGGACAGGGUGGGCUGGAUGCUGCUGCAGUGCCUCUACCAAUCACGCUUUGCCUCAGGAGACAACACAGGUGUUGCUCGGCGUAUGGAAUGGCUGCUGGAGUUAAUGGGCCACAUCCGGAAUGUAGCGUACGGAUCAACAACCGUCAAAUGUGACAGCAUCACACAGGCCACUGACUUCCUGCUGGGCGUGUUCUGUGCUGCUUUGGUGUCCUGGGCCAACCUCUCUAUGCCCCUGCUGCUGGGGGUGCGGGCUCAAUGGCUCCCCUGGAUGCAGGCUAGGGAGCAGCAGCAGCAGCAGCAACAGCAACAGCAACAGCAACAGCCUGGCCUGGCACACCUGCUCUACGGUGCCCCCUCUGCUCAGGAGAGGGUACUGCAGCGCUGUCAGGCCGCACUGCCACACUGCAUGGCACAGCUACUGGCCAAGGAGCCGUGGAGGGCACAGUCCCAGAAGUUCAUCGAUUGGCUGUUCAGCAUGGCAGAGGCUCCAUCCACUGGCUUAUCAGAGCGCGCCAUCUUCAGUGCCAAAGCUGCCCUCCUGUCCUUGAAGGCUUCCCCAGAGUUCAAGAAGAAGGGGGUGUGGACCAGAGCAUACGGCUGGUGAUGCACACAAACACUGAUACACACACACGCACACUGAAACAUGCCAACAGAUUUGUGUAUAAAUGCGAGCAAAGACCAAAUGGUUAUUACCAAUGGACCAAUGCAAUAUGGCUGAUGAAGGAGCACAGGAGCAAAAUCACACACACACACACACACACACACACACACACACACACACACACACACACACACACACACACACACACACACACACACACACACACACAGGCAUUCUGCUUACCUUCCUGUUGCUAUGCUGCCACUCUAACAAUAUGGCCAGAAGCAGAAACCUCAUCAUCGUUUGUCUCUCCAUCCUGGAUCCUGUUAAACUCACCCACUGCAACCUUGUGUGUGUGCGUGUGCGCUUGUAUGUGUGUGUGUGUUUGUUUGUGUGUGAGGUGGUCCAGACUAAGUGGUUUUCUGCUCCAGUCAACACUAUGACGACAACUACAUAUCCCAUGCUCCCUUGCAACCUCUGGACUUCCUUUUAUCGGUCAUAGAGCUUGGGAUGUCAUAUGACCAUCUUGUGGCCAAUGUAUGUAACUUGCCAAUAAAAAUGUUAUCCUAAGCCAAUAAAAAUGCUGCUUGGUUUUGAAAA